AUGUGGCGGCCAGGGGCGGCGCGGGCGCUGGGUGUCGCGCGGGAAGCGGCGGCGGCGGCGCCGCGGUGGAGCGCGGCGGCUGCAGCGGCCGGGGCCAGUAGCGGGGCCGGGGCCGGGGCCGGGGCGCUGCUGAGGGGCGGCGCGGCGGAUUCUUCUCUACAGCAGUUGGAAUAUGCUUCGAAGGUGAAGAGCAAAACUGUUCAGUUUAUCAAUUUAAGAAGCACGGGAACUCUGAACAAUAAAAGCUCUUUAGAUGAGACCACUUACGAAAAACUGGCUGAAGAAACGCUGGACUCCUUAGCAGAUUUUUUUGAGGAUCUCACAGAUAAGCCAUUUACCCCAGAAGACUACGAUGUCUCUUUAGGGAGUGGAGUUCUAACAGUUAAAUUAGGUGGAAACAUGGGAACAUAUGUAAUCAAUAAGCAAACACCAAACCGGCAGAUUUGGCUCUCCUCACCCACUAGUGGGCCCAAGCGCUAUGACUGGACGGGACGGAACUGGGUGUAUUCUCAUGACAGAGUAUCCCUUCAUGAACUACUAUCAAAAGAAUUUUCAACAGCGUUAAAAACCAAACUAGAUUUGUCCUGCUUAAUAUAUUCUGGGAAAGAAGAUACUUGAUGAUUUUCUACGUCAUGGAAAUCAAAGACUUUAACUGGGAGCUCUUACUAGGUUUAUGAAAUACCUGAGCUUAAUUCUGUUGUUGUUUUUGUUACAUCACUGUGUUGUGUAACAACAUGGAAAUAACAUAUUUUUUCUUGAGUGCUCAGAGAUUGGGUUUCUGUGUCACUGCUUUAAUUUGUACCCACAUACAGUAGUACAGAUGUUUGAGGUGUCCAUUUCUAUCACUACAUUUCUUACUCUUAGCUAAGAAGUAAGUCAUGAAUUCCUGUUGUCCAUAGCCUGGUUUGGAUGCAGGGGCUGGCCCAUCUAGUGACUUCUGACCAGGGCACAAUUGCCAAACUUCUUGUGGUGGGGCCUUCACCCCCCAAAAGGAAAUGCCAGUGGAUUGCAUUGGCAUGAGUUCUGGUACUGUAUAUGGGCUGCAUUAAAACAUGAGGCUAGUGAAGGGAGUGUGGUGCAAUCAAGAGUGAGUAAGGCAUCACAGUCUAAUUGAACACAUGAUAAAAGAAGUGUAUGUGGCAGGUAGAAAUUUUCAUAUUGCUGUCUAUCGUGCUCUCGGUGACCCUGCUAGAGCAGGGGGGUUGGACUAGAUGAUCUCCCUUCCAACCUUACUGAUUCUAUAAUAUAGUAAGAGGUUUUUUUUCUCUGUGUGGCAGAAUUUAGUCUCUUCUCUAAUUUCCUAGUUUCUUUAAAUAUGUUUUUGGGGCUAAACUUUAAGCUGCAUGCACUUCUGUUUGGUGUAAGUAGUACAUGUAACUGAAAAAGCUGGCUGAGCAUGUUUAAGCUGUGCAGCAAUAACUGUACAAAUACUCUGUUACUAUGAAUUUCUUUUUGUUCCUUUUCUUUGAAGAGUCAAAAUGCAUAAUUUAUUUACUGUUUUUUUCUUGAGCAAAAUGAAGAUCCUCUCAUGAAAGCAAAAAUUUGCAUUAAUUUUUGUACUGCUGUAUUUCAUAAGUAACAGAGUAUAGGUCAUUUUUUGCCGUAAUAUGAGGCUUCCUUUAGUACCAUGCUGAUGCAAAAACAUUUUCCUUUUUUGCCUUAGAACUGAUGAAGCUCAAUCUAUUCCAGACUGUUAAGAAAUAGGAAUGAAAUAAAUUAUAUACCUCAGAUCUUAAACUAAAAAAAAAAAAAAAAAAAAAAGUGAAAUGAAAGAACACUGUGACACUUGGCACUGUUGUAAUAAAACUAAUAACAGGUUUUAAUUGCCUGUUAAAUGGAACCACAAAGUUAUUCACUGAUUCUUGAGGAAAUGGUUAAAGUGUAUUCUUUUAAAUUUUAUCUUUGUAUGAAAAGAUGUCCAAUUUUUGGAGGGGUUUCUUUGGUUCUUGAUUUCUGUGAUGCUUGUGUUACCAGCUUGGCAUGAUUUUCUCAAUAGCUAGAAUUAUUACGGGUGCAAUAAUUUGACAUGGAGAAACAAUAGCUAUAUAGCAUCAUUGCCCAGCACUUGUGUUUGAAGCACAAGUCUUGUUACCAGCUACUUCCCACCAUUAAAUAGAGCAAAAGUAAUGUUUCACUGGAGCCAGUUAAUUGUGCACACAGUGUUUACAUAGUUUUCAUUCAAAAUAAAAAAGAUGACAAUUAUCUGAAAAUACAUCUCUAUUAGAUGAGGUGACUUUCUCCAUGAGUAGCAACUGGUAUGAGUAGAAAAGACUAAAAAAUGCGAUUUUUCAAAACAAAGCUAAAAUUAGAACAUUUUUUUUUAACUUUUGGAACAGUAAAACUAGUUUGCAGUAUAUGAAGAACAGUAAUAAUUCAGCUCAAUCUCUCAGUAACUAGAAAAAGCUCAUUUACUUAGACUCAUCUUUGUAGACAGUAUUGAACUAAUAUUUGAAGCAAGGGUACUUACUCCUGAUUCUUCCUUUUGUUUAAUCACAUACAACUUGUGUCACAAGUCACAUAUGACUUUUAAAAAAUUACUUUCUUAUGUGAUUUGCAUUCAACUUACAUUCAUUAAUAUAAAUCAGACACAUAUUUGGAGGUUCAUCUGCCAUUCCCUUUCAUCUUGAACAACUGUUUACACCACAAUAAAGUUGUAUGUAGAAUUUGGAAUUUGUUAUAUGAAAGUGAUAUUUCAGUCUAUAAUGAUAAAGAAAAAACACUGCAGCCA